UUUGGAUUGGUUCCCCUUUUGCCCCUGAUUAUUAUUAUUCAGCGCGCUCAGUUUCGUUGUCAUCACAUCGUUCCCUCAUUCAUUGAGACCAAGGACUACUAGUACUAGCUAGUAUUAAUCAAAAGCUCUUCCAAAUUGCAUUGCAAAAACGAAUAUGUCGGCAGCUAAUGGGAAAAGUGGCCUCAACAAUCGAUUCCAAUCUUAUCAGCAUGGGACGUAUCAACCUCCUCAAACUUACGCUGAGCAGCAGACGGAUGUUUUAGUAGACACUGCGAAGACACAGUAUCAGGCAGAAGGCACUGCCAAUGCUGUCCUCACGCAGAUGACUCAACAGCGUCAACAGCUUACUGAAGCACAUGAUGAUGUUUGGCACAUGCGCGAGGCCACCGACAGUGCCAAGCGAGAGCUUCAGGAACUGAACAACAAGUACCGAGCCAAGAAGUUGCGAUUGUAUAUCAUGAUUGGGUCGCUCGGACUUGCAGAUCUGAUGUUGUUCCUUCGGAUUGUCCAAUGCCGUGGAGGAUUCUUCUGCUGAAUUUGGCGUUUCAAAUCUCGCUGGGUUACAGCAUGACCAAUACAACUCCAAGGAGUAGGAAAGAUGCUUUGCUGUACAUUUUGAUGCUUUCUACGACAGCUCGACUCGAUCCAAUGAUUCUUGUCCAGGGUCCAGGGUGCAACCACAAUCAAAUUCGACAACAGCAUCCUAUGAUCUUGGAAGAACACAUCUACCGGUCCAUGUACAACUCCAGUAGAAGAAACGUAGGUAUAGAAAAUCUUGUCAAUGACUUUUUCAAUUUGU